UGUAAAUUGUUGACAAACGGCUAUCAUGUGAAAAUAAUUUUGUUGAGAAGAUGGAGAGUAUCACGUUGUUAUUGUUCACAUGUGGUAAACUUGAACCGAUACGUUAACAUGAACUAAACAUAAUACGUAUUAAAAUGAAGUUUCAAAUUAGCGUUAUGUGUAAAAUAGUUGCACGGCCCCUUCAUACCUACACACAAUGCUUUUAUUCAGCGAGAUAUAAACUUUCAUGUGGCCAUUAUCGGACAUCCUGCUCAUUUUCUGAGUUUCAUCAUUUUGAUACAAUAUUUGCAUUGUCAUCUGGACAUGGGAAAUGUGGAGUUGCAGUCAUCCGAGUGUCUGGGCCAAGAUCUGCCAGUUCUCUUAAAAUGCUUUGCAAGACAGAAGAACUACCAAGACCUAGAUUUGCACACCUAAGGAAAUUAUUCAACCCAGUUACUUUCGAACCAAUAGACAAAGGCCUUGUGAUUUGGUUUCCAGGUCCAGACAGUUUUACUGGUGAAGAUUGUACUGAAUACCAUGUCCAUGGAGGCCAAGCAGUCAUCACAGAGAUGGCUAAUGUCCUCGGCAGUUUGGAGGGUGUUCGGCAUGCAGAGGCUGGAGAGUUCACUAAACGAGCUUUUGCCAAUGGUAAGCUGGACCUGACAGAAGUAGAAGGACUAGGAGAUUUGAUACAUGCCGAAACAGAAGCUCAGAGAAAACAAGCUCUCAGACAAAUGGAUGGAGAACUCAGCAGGCUGUACACAUCAUGGAGAAAACAAAUCAUAAAGUAUACUGCUAAUCUAGAAGCAUACAUAGACUUUGCUGAGGAUGACAACAUAGAAGAUCACGUCGUUAAUCAAGUACAUAUUGGUGUUGAACAACUUCUGAGUGAAUUAGAGGAUCACUUGAGGGACAAACGUCAAGGCGAGAUUUUACGAUCAGGAGUGCAAGUAGCUAUUGUUGGAGAACCUAAUGUUGGAAAGAGCAGUCUUCUUAACUCUGUUUGCCAGCGACCAGCUGCCAUUGUGUCCCCACUAGCAGGCACCACAAGAGAUGUGGUGGAGACUGGGGUCAAUAUUGGAGGAUAUCCUGUGCUUCUUAGUGACACAGCAGGUCUGAGGGAGACACAGGACACCGUGGAAAUGGAAGGGGUCAAAAGGGCUCUUCAAAGGGCUCAACAGGCUGAUAUCAAAGUUUUAAUGAUGGACUCUAAUUUUAAUCACAAUGCUGGAAUGGAACUGUCAUCACUUGUCUUUCAUCAUAUCUCUGACCUUGGCAUCUCACCGAUAUCUGAUGUUGAAAAUCAAAUUGAAAAUAAUUAUGUGAAUACACUAGACAAUUAUAUUCUGGUAUUCAACAAAAUAGAUCGGCUUUCAAAAGAUGACUUUAUGAAGCUAAAAACAAUAAUGGAUGGAUGUGAAUUGACUUCUUGCAUGAUUUCAUGUGAAAGUGGUGAAGGGUUGGAUGACUUUGUGAAAAUACUGGAGACAAAAGUGGCACAAAGGUGCGGAAACCCUCUGGCUGGAUCCCCUAGUCUCACUCAGACCCGCCACAGACAGCACAUUCAGGCUUGUGUUGGCCACCUCAAACAGUACCAGCAACUAUCAGAUGAUGUAGUCAUCGCUGCUUACAACCUGCAAAAUGCAGCCAGGGAAAUUGGCAAAAUUACAGGCAAAAUAACAUCUGAGGAGAUAUUAGAUGUGAUAUUUAGAGACUUCUGUAUAGGGAAGUGAUUCAAUAAAAGA